GGUCUGACGUCCCAGUCGAGCUGGAUGACAUGUGAUUUUUCACCCCUUCUUUCUAUCAGCUGGCACCUCCAAGUUUGAGUUCAGUUCCUUGGAUGGUAGGGGCCAGAGAUUUGAUUGAAACUCUGUUUAAAAAGGCAGUGACCCCGGAGCAGCAAGGGAUUCCUCAAGGAGCUUGCUGUUUCCUAAGGAGACAGAGUUGAACACCGCGGAGACUUGCCCUGUGCGAGGUGCUGCCCCAGGACGCAGGUGCGGGGCUCCAGGGGACAGAGCAGGAGGCACCCUGGCCGCUCUGGUGAAGGGAGAGAGACGCAGGCCCCACCAGGGAGGGGGUAUUUGGUGUGAACCCUGAGGGAGGGAGCGAAACCCACAGGCGCGAAGAGAGCGAGGAGGAGGGCAUCAGGCAGAGAGCAUCAUGACUAAAAGCUCAGAGGUGGGAAACCUGGAGGAGUUCAAAGAACAGCCUGUGUUAGGUAGAGCUGCAGAGCAAACCAAGUGAGAACGGCCUCCUCAGGUGUCUGCACACUCAGUCACACAUAAAUCAGCCUGUCCAAGGUGCAGUAGCCACCAUGACCUCAGUAGACUGAUGAUGGAAGAAAAGGAAACUGGGAGAUCCUGUGCUCUAGCUUCCCUGGACGAUGGAUGGAGGACAGCCCGUCCCUUCCCCCCUAGUGCCCCUUGAGAACGCAUCAUCAGAUUCUAGCAUGUCUCUGGAACAGAAGACCACAUUUGUUUUUGUGAUUUUGUUGUUCAUUUUCUUGGGCAUCCUCAUUGUCAGGUGCUUCCGGAUUCUUCUGGACCCGUAUCGGAGCAUGCCAACCUCGACUUGGGCUGAUGGACUCGAAGGGCUGGAGAAGGGGCAGUUUGACCAUGCCCUUGCUUAGCAGAGGGGGUGCUCCAGAGGAGGUGAAGUGCAUCAUGAUUUGGCAAGCAUUUCUCUUUAGCCAAUAUUCUGAACACACCCAGUUUCAACAACACCCGGUCGUAGGUCCACAAUCCCUCCUUUAUUAACCAUGCAGUUGGGUUACAAAACAUUUGAGGAUAUGGGGGAUGAAGGUCUCUAACACUCGCCAAAAAUAGGAAGGUUUGAAUUUCUUUGUUUAAUCAACGAAUGAGUACUUCUGAAUACGUGUGAUGGUGAAAGCAAGAGCACCAGCGCUGACAUAAACUUUGCCAUAAAAUGAAGCACUCUCCCCCCUCAACCAGAGAAUAAAGAACAUAAUGGCUCUGAAAUGAAUCUGGUCACGGGGCCACAAAGAGACUUCUUUGCUCUGAAGGUGUCUCUCAGUUUGCUUUACCAUCGUGGGAAUCGGGUCCCUGGCAGAGAGUAAGGAAGACUGUGCUGAGUGGACCGAAGGAGGUCCCCAUUCUCUCCUUCAAAGCAGGCAGCUUUGGGGAGCAAACAGCGCAAACAGUUCAGCGCAAACAGUUCCAUCCUAGAAAAGAUGAGCGAGGAUGAGCUCAUUUUAUUUCUCAAAUACAACUGAAAUCAAACUUGCGGAGGUUUGAAAACGCUUCACCAAGCCAAGUACACUCUAGGUAUCUGUAUUAAUAACCUGUGCGGAGGGGUCGGUACAUAAUGCGAAUUUACUUUUUUCACCCACAUGACUGAAAUUCUGGGUUGCAAAGGCAGCUACGAGUCGUGUUUGCAAGCAAAACGUUAGUUGUCUAGAAGAGAAGACUUUCACGGUCUUAAGAGGAAUGUGUGUUUAUGACUGAAUAGGGAAGCCAAAUAAAACUUUGCAAGAAACGGUA